AUGAGGUUCCUCCUGGUCGGGAAAAGCGGGGCAGGGAAAAGUGCCACCGGGAACACCCUCCUCGGAGAACGCGUGUUCAAGUCCAAGCUUGCGACCAAGCCGGUGACCGUGAGCUGUGUGCAAGCACAAGGGCGCUGCCACGGUGAGGACAUCACGGUCAUUGACACGGCCGAUAUUUUGGAUCCAAGAGCUGCCAUCAGUGAGGUGUACAAAGAAAUCACUCAUUGCGUCAGGCUGUCCUCCCCUGGCCCCCACGUGCUACUGCUGGUAACCAAGCUGGGCCAAUUCAUCGAGGAGGACAAGGAGGCCGUGCAGAGACUGCAGGACAUUUUUGGAGUUGAUGUUUUGAGGCACACAAUCGUCUUACUCACCCACGCAGAAGACCUGGCGGGAAGGUCGCUGCACGAUUACCUGCAGCAUUGCGACAACGCAGCGCUCCAGGACCUGAUCCUGCAGUGUGGGAGCAGGUACUGCGGCUUCAACAACAGAGCAGUCGGCGCCGAGCGGGACCAGCAGGUCGCCAAGCUGAUGGGGAUGGUCUACCACGUGGUGCAGGAGAACGGGGGCAAGUGGUACAGCAACACCAUGUACCUGGAGCCCAGUUUAACGGAAGAGAAAGUGGAGCAUCACGUGGGGCGGUACAAAGCAGAGAGGAAAAUGAGGGAGCGGUCCCGAGCUAUGCCAUGCAGGAUAAUUGUGGGUUGUGGUAUAAUUCUCUUUGUCUUUGCUCUGCUUUCCGUGUAUUUCCUUGUUUUCCGGGAUUUUCCUUAUUUAUCCUGA